CGACUACAUAAUUUGAGACACGAUCGCAGCGCCUAUAUGGCGGCCAAAGGUUGUGUAUCCCUAGCAGCUGGUGGAGAGGUUUGAGAAUGUCGUUCAUGGGUGCGCUCAAUAGGUCAUGGACGAAACGUGGGGCUAGGGCUGGAUCAGAUCUGGAUCGGAGGCAAAGAGUGGAAGAUACUUCGGUACUGUUAGACCGUCCCCCUCCUGAACCGCCGCCAUGGAGGAAAGGAGAGUUUAGGGUUUGGAAGCAGUAUUUUGAUUUUAUUGUUUACUUGCUAUUUAAUUUCCAUGGUCAUACUGUUCUGUUUUACUUUUAUUUUUUCCUUUGUUGUAAGACUCUUGCAUUAGGUUUGGGGGAUGAUAGGUCUACGGUAAUCGUCAUUGGCUUUAUGUUGUCCAAAUUAGGUCUAGCGAGUUAUAUUGCUUCGUCAAAGGUGAUUAACUCAGAGUCUCGGCCAAGGGCGGAUGGUUACAUGUGGUCCUUUUGUUAUCUUGUACCCCUCCUUAAUGUUGUGAUCGAUAUUAGUUUAAGCCAUCUGUUUGACGAUAAAAAAAGAUGUGACUAAUGACUAGAAUAAUAAUGAAAUCAUAGUAAGUUAUGUUCGAUUUGUAAACUUAACUUACCAUGACAGUGUAAUGUAGUACUCCUCCGUCC